AUGCCGGGGAGUGAGGAAGAGGGAAAGCGGGUGUCUUUCGCGUACGCCUUGGUGACCGCCGUGUGGACCGCAAGCAGCGGCAGCAGAAGGCAGGACGCCGAUCCGCGUGAGGAGGGGUGUCUGCCGUCGACUGUGUCUUUGUUUGAAUACGAUCGCUUGGCUCACCAAACGGUAGACUCCUUCCGCUUGGAGCUUGAGCUGCCGUUUGUGCUGCGCUACCGCAUGGUGGCGUACGUGUGGCAGCAGUGCUACCGCGCCGUCCUACCCGACGUCACGGAGCUGCCACGUCGUCCUUUGAACGUCGUCACCACCGCCGACGAAGACGCGCGGGAGGCGCGGACGGAUGAACGCAUCUCCUCCACCUCGCUUCGGAUCAUGGACGGCGCGAGCCUGCACAGCUUCAGGACGAUAGCGGAGACCGCCCUUGUGCUGCAUCCGUACUCGCGGCGGCUUGACCCUGUGACGCGCCCCAUUCUCGCCUUCCUCCGGCGCACCUGCACGCUGCAGUUGAGCCGGCGACAAAAUUGUCUGAUUGCCCUCCUGCCAAAGCUCAUGGAAAUUCUUAUUUUGCUCUGUCAUUGCCUCGAACGCGGGGCACUGAGGUUUCUCAAUAGGGCCCGCGACGACGGUGCCCCUCACGGUAGCCUGGGUGGCGGGAGCCAUUCCUCGUCACUCUCGCUCCUCUCUGGUUCGCUUCGCGACGACGCUCGAGCUGCGAAAGCGACCAGCUUCCCCCAUCGCUGCGCAUGGUGGCUGAACCGUCUCCGCCCCCGCGCGACUCCCCGCCCGCACCGCCUGUUUACGGAUUUGAAAAAGCUGCUGCUGCGCCCAGGCCCGCUGUGCGACGUGAAGGCGAUGUACCUCCGGCACAUCGCACACCGCUUCUUUCCGCAGCUUCCGUUUCUCCAGCGCACCCUCGUGCCAGCUGGCGCGGCUUCUGAAGCGAGUGAGGGGCCGCUUGGAGAAGACCCGCCCAGACAAAAUGCGGUCGAAGUCGUUUGCAGGGCGAAGGAGCCUGUGGAAUGCUCCGGCACCCAACUUGGCAAAGUGCGGUGGCUGUGGCAAAACGGCUAG